GUGGUUGCGGCUCCUCGUACCUGCAAACGAGAGGCUCCUCUUUGGUGGUACCAGCAAUGCGUGGGAGCACUUGCCAACAAACACCCAAUGUACCCCCUGGCCCCCUUUUCAACCAAAACAAAGGUGGGAUAUGGUGGAUGUCUAUGGGAGACGUGAAGGAGGAGGAGGAGGAGAAGAAGAACAAGAACGAGGAGGAGGAGGAGGAGGAGGAGGAGAAGGAGAAAGAAGAAGAAGGUGGGACUAAGAAGAAGAAGAAGAAGAUGAUGACGAUGAUGAUGAUUGGUGGUGGAGGAUGGCGGCCAGGGGGUGAGAAACAACGGCGAGAAGAAGAAGAAGAAGAAGAUGUAGAUGGGUGGUGGAAGGUGGAGGGCGAGGGGGUGGGCGAGAAGAAGGAGAAGGAGAAGAAGGAGAAGGAGAAGAAGAAGAAGGAGCCGGAGAAGAAGAUGAUGAUGAUGAAGAUGGGUGGUGGAGGAUGGCGGACAGGUGCGGAUGCUGUUGCACUGAUCUUGGAGUAUCUUCAAUCAUGGGCGAGGCAGAAUCCUGUAAUGAGGAAGCAGCUUUGCGCCGCUUGGUUUCCGUACACACUUCUCGAUCGUCUAAAGCAGCAGAUAGCCGACGCAGUGCAAAGCGAGAGCAGUGGGGAACCAUCGAGAAGGCACUGGAGCUCAUUGCAGGCCAACCUCGACAAGGCCCUGCAACAUCAUCUUACCCAGACUGAUAUUGAUUCUCAGGACGUCAAGCAGCAUGCGUAUAUAGAGCUCCACCGGGGAGAAUCGGACAAAACGCUGGUCGUUGUUGUGUGAAGGAAUUCUGCCCACCCCGCCUCUCACCGCUCCCACUCGAAGGAAGAAAGGGAGAACGAGCUGCUGGUGGUUGUGUGAAGGAGUUCUACUCUCCGCCCACCGCUCGCAAUCGAAAAUCGAAGGAAGUAUUCAAACCAUAUCUCUGUCAUUUUGUCGCAUCCAUUCGUUCGGAAACCGGGUCGUGUUCGAGUGAUAUUUGUGUGCUUGCGGGCGGGCGUCCAUGCUCGUCGAGCACUGUCAUAACGCAACUCACUCCUUGUUCAUCGUCCAUCACAGUCGUGUAACUCACUCGUCCGUGUUGAUCAUUUUGUUUGUGUUUUUUUUCCCUCCCGAUCAAUGUAUAUUUGAGGACUCAGUUUAGGCCAGUUUCAUAGUAGAAGUGUAGAAGACUUUUUUAAGUUCUCUUUCUUUGUCUUUUUUUUUAACAACACUAGGAGACUUAAUCGACUGGUUGAUUGUGUUGAAAGUUGCUAUCAGAUUCUCUUCGGAAAGUCCUAGUCUGAGUUGUUUUUUGAACUUUUUUCCCUUUUUUUUCCCUUUUUGUUUUCCCCUAACUCGGCUUUCCUUCACGGCUACAUCCCCAUUAAACCACCAGUGCGUUUUCCGCCGGCCAUUUUUCUCC